UUGCCACCUCCAUCCAAGCGAGCGCUAGACUCAGACAUGGUGCGCGUGAUCGCCAGCUUCCCGGCGCUCGCGGCGGCGUCCGCGUCGCUCCACGCGCUGGCUGAAGCCAUGACGAUGGAGCUGCACCCACUGCCCAAGCACAGCAUCCACCCGGAUAGAUACGCGAGGCGCCUGAACAUCGAGGAGGACGCGCCGGAGAUCGUCCCGCUGCACUUGGGCCUCGGCACGCACUACACGUGGGUGUACGCCGGCACUCCGCCGCAGCGCGCGUCGGUGAUCGCGGAUACCGGCAGUGGACUGAUGGCGUUCCCGUGCUCGGGCUGUGACGGCUGUGGCAGCCACACGGACCAGCCCUUCCAGGCGGACAACUCGUCCACGUUGAUCCACGUGACGUGCUCCCAGCAGCAGUCGCACUUCCAGUGCAAGGAGUGCACGGAGAAGUCCGACACGUGCGCGAUCUCGCAGUCGUACAUGGAAGGCAGCAGCUGGAAGGCGUCGGUGGUGGAGGACGUGGUCUACCUCGGAGGCGAGUCGAGCUUCCACGACGAAGCCAUGCGCGACCGGUACGGAACCCACUUCCAGUUCGGCUGCCAGAGCUCCGAGACGGGAUUGUUCGUCACGCAAGUGGCGGACGGUAUCAUGGGACUGUCCAACUCGGACACCCACAUUGUGGCAAAGCUGCACCGCGAGAACAAGAUUCCGAGUAACUUGUUCUCGCUCUGCUUCACGGAGAACGGCGGCACCAUGUCGGUGGGUGAACCUAACACGAAGGCGCACCGCGGAGAAAUCUCGUAUGCUAAAGUGAUCAAGGACCGCUCUGCCGGCCACUUUUACAAUGUGAACAUGAAGGACAUCCGCAUCGGUGGUAAAUCCAUCAAUGCCAAGGAGGAGGCGUACACUCGCGGCCACUACAUUGUCGAUAGUGGAACCACCGACUCCUAUCUGCCGCGAGCGAUGAAGAACGAGUUUUUGCAGGUGUUUAAGGAAGUCGCGGGUCGUGACUAUCAGGUUGGAACGUCGUGUCAUGGCUACACGAAUGAGGAUCUCGCGUCGCUGCCGAAAAUUCAGCUUGUGAUGGAAGCGUAUGGAGACGAGAACGGUGAAGUGAUCAUCGAUAUCCCGCCCGAGCAAUAUUUGCUGCACAACGACAACUCGUACUGCGGUAGUAUCUACCUGUCGGAAAACGCCGGUGGCGUCAUUGGUGCCAACCUUAUGAUGAACCGUGACGUGAUCUUCGACAAUGGCAAUCAACGAGUGGGUUUUGUGGACGCUGACUGCGCCUACCAAGGUGGUAAUUCGACGAAGACGACGCCACCAUCGAUCGGUGAUCACAUUACCAGCAGCAGCAACAGCAGCGAAACGACUGCCGUUCCCGCAGCCACCGCUGCUUCAAACGCUUCCGUGCCGGCCUCCACGUCUGCAGUGACGGAGGAGUCUAUCCCGGAAGCCACUUCUGCUACAGCCACAUCGGAGCCAGUCGCUACUGCCGCUGCAACACCGGCAACUGCAGUAGAUGAGGCUUCUAUUGCACUCGACUCGGCUUCAAGUAACUCGGUCCAGAACAUUCAGCCGCUCUCGGAGGAAGCAACAACAAAGACACAGGCGUCGUCUUCAGCUGACGCCGCAGACCUAACGGCAAAGGAGAAGUCUUCGGGCACGCACCCGAUGGUGCUCACGAUCGUCGGCGCCGUUUUAGUGGUGGGCUUCCUUUUGAUGAUGCUGAUCUCGGUCAGUCGACGGAGAGAGAAGACAGGCAAGGAGCAGCUCUGGAGUCGCGUGAAGGGAAGCGAGGAGGAUGAAGACGACGACGAUGAAGAGGAGUUCGGCCUGGUUCGCAAUGACAAGAAAGGUGGCUCUACGAACCACCAGCGACUAGACCAGGAGGAGGACGAGGAUCACCAUGGCCAGGACAGCAGCAGCGAUGAAGAAGACGAGGUCUUUGACAGAAAAUCGAUGCAGGAGGAGGCCAAGGUGGACAACCGGACGCUGGAGCGGCUUUGAGGACGCCCGACGCCCGACGCCCGUCCACCUAUUUCGCCUAGUAAAUAAAGAGACCAGACACUACACGUUGUGUUAGCUAGAUGGUGGGAGCCCGUGAAUACUCGUCUGGCUGCUGCAUGUAACCCAUCCAUACAUAAUGACAAGGCCACUACGCUGAGUUUGAAGACUGCAUGCAAU